AUGGAGCUUUUCAUGCGAAACAUUCAGUUCUCCGCCGACGAUGUUGAUUUAAAACUGGCUUUUGCUCCAAUACUGCAUAAACCUCCCUUUACCGUCGACGAACCUAUCCAUUUUCAUGUGCGCACUUUCAAAACAAAAACAUCAAGGGGUCUCUGUGGUAUCUUGACGCUUCCAACUCCAGAGCUUGGAGAACUCUUCUUACGAUGUCAUGGCGGAACUGGCAUUUCUGUGAAAGGUCGAAAAGUCAUUUUCGCACGAAACAACAAACCUCUUGAACGCUCAUUUCUUGAUCUAAACAUUUCUACGGGCACAGACCCAUCGGUCACACUUGAGGUUCAUGAAAUUAGUCAAAUCGAUGAUCGUAUAUCACCCGUGGGGAAUGUUAUGACGGAUGGAUGUGGAACCAUUUCGGUUGCACUAUGUAACGAGGUCUGGUCAAGUCUUAGGAACAGAAAGAAACAUAAACAUGUCAAGAAUGUACCAUCUGCUUAUCAGUUCCGCAUCGGUGGCGCAAAAGGUGUUCUCGUGCAAGACCCUAGGCUCGAAGGAAAUGUAGUAUGUCUCAGGCCGUCCCAAACAAAAUUCGAUGCCCCCGGUAUUCGUACCCUCGAUAUCCAGUCGACAUCGUCUCAACCGAAGGCUAUGUUUUUGAACCGUCCUUUGAUUGUGCUUCUUGAAUAUUUGGGGACCGACAGUAAUCAUAUAAUUGCUCUACAGAAUAAUGCCAUUUCCGAGGCUCAAACCGCCCAUAAUUCGUUCUUGGAUGCAUCCAAAAUGUUCCAGAAAAACAACUUUGGUGCUUCUUUUCGUUUGCCAUCUCUCUUCCAUAAUCUAGCCACACUGCUCGAUAUUCAUCCCGGUGACAGUUCACUAGGCUUAGUUUCCACCUCAUGGAAACACGACCUUGUAGCAAAAUUGCUACAAUGUGUUUCAACGUACGCACUCCGUGAACUGAAAUAUCGUGCCCACAUCGCUGUUCCUGGAUCGUACACGUUACUUGGGGAUGAACGUACUGGCUUGUACAAAUCUAUCGAGGGCCGAGUUCUAAUUACUCGAAGCGCCCAAAUUCAUCCAGGUGACGUGCAGGUCGUAACAGCUGUCCGUCACCCAGAGUUAAGUCAUUUGACCAAUGUAGUGGUAUUUUCGUGCAAAGGAAACCGGUCGUUGGCGUCCUGUCUUGGAGGUGGUGGCUUAGCUGGCGAUGAUUUCAAUCUGUUACUUGAUGAAUCGCUCUUUCCUAAAAAAGUUGCGAAGCCUGGAACCUACGAUAGCUUACCGAUCAAGAAAACGAUAAACCCUUGCUCAGCAUCAGAUAUCGCUGAUGUGAAGGACCCAGGAUGCAGUGAAUGUCUUCAACUUGCUCAGUACGCUUCCCAUGCCGUCGACUUCCCCAAGACCGGAAGCCCUGUCCGAAUGAAAGACCUACCGCAAUUGUCUGGCCUUUCGAAGCCAGACUUCUUAGCUCCCGAGGGUGCAAAUAUUCGAAGUGACCAAUAUUACUUUAGCCCCAAACUUCUUGGCGUGCUCCAUCGUCGUGUUCCUUUAAGUGAAUGGACUCCAACGCCUUGGAAUUCGGACGACUCACCGUCGGAUUGGAAAACCGUCUGGAACGCACUCCACAACUUGAUAAAGAUGAAAAAUAAACAACUGGGUCUACUAUUAAUCUAUCCAUCAGAUGAUCUUCUUAAAGAAAUGACAUUCCUGCUGAAUGAUUACUCUGAACAGCUUUUUGUCAUAGCCAAGGUACACACGAUUUCUAGGCACAACGAUGUUCAUGUCUCCGAGGCGGAACUAAUAAGCGGGACAAUCAUGGCAAACUGGUCGAAUCAUCGCAAAAGGAGCGAAGCCGUCGAUUCCAUGAAUCUACAGACCCAAGUGCUCGCAAAGAAUGUUAGACAAGCGCUUCAGUGGAACGGUCCCGAGUCUUAUUAUGACGACGAAGAAUGGUAUGAGGAGGAUGACCAGGAGGAGGAGGAUGAGGGGGAUGACCAAGAGGAGGAGGAUGAGGGGGAGGGGGAUGACCAAGAGGAUGAGGAUGAGGAUGACAUUAUAACGACGGAACGAAACGAGUCAUUUAGGCGUGCGUACGCUGCAUGGGUUGCAUCGGAGAUGGCUUUGGCUCGAAAUGUUAAGUCAUUCGGACCUCAGAGUUUUGGGCUGAUUGCUUUGGGGAGGAUGUUGGACAUCAUAAAGGAAGCGUAG